GUCACCUCUCAACCCCGCCCCAACUCAAAGCCUCUUCCAAAUGGCCCUCACAGCCGCCGUCUCCGUCCCCUUCGCCGUCACCCCUCUCCGCCGCCUCUCCUCCUCGACGACGACGAGGGCUUUCAGCUUCAGGGUGUCCGCGGCGGCGAUGGCGGCGGCCGCGAAGACGGCGGUGCAGCCGGCCGUGGUGGUGGGCGGGGGGCGGGUGGGGCAGGCGCUGCUCUCCAUGGGCCCGCCGGGAGCGGACGUGCUCGUCGGCCGCGGCGAGAAGGUGCCGGAGGACGCGCCCGGCCCGAUCCUUGUCUGCACCCGCAACGACGACCUCGACGCCGUGCUCGACGCCACCCCGAGGUCGCGGUGGCGCGAUUUGGUGUUUUUCCAGAAUGGAAUGUUGGACCCUUGGUUUGAGAGCAAGGGACUAGUGGAUGCGAACCAGGUGUUGGCCUACUUUGCCGUGUCGAAGCUUGGUGAGCCACCAGUGGAUGGGAUUACUGACACUAAUCCCGAGGGGCUGACUGCUGCAUUUGGAAACUGGGCUCCAGCCGUGGCUACUCGCCUGCAAAAUGGCGGGCUUACCUGCAAGGUACUUGAAAAAGAAGCAUUUCAGAAGCAAAUGCUAGAGAAACUGAUCUGGAUUUCAGCAUUCAUGCUUGUUGGUGCCCGUCAUCCAGGAGCUACUGUUGGUGCGGUCGAGAAAGAAUACCAAUCUGAGGUUGCCAGCCUGAUAGCAGAAUUAGCAUCUGCUGCAGCUGAAGAAAGGGGGCUUACAUUUGAUGCAGGCAUAGAAGAGAGACUUUGCGCAUACUCCAGAGCUGUUGCACACUUCCCAACUGCUGUAAAAGAGUUCAAGUGGAGGAAUGGAUGGUUUUACUCUCUCACCGAAAAGGCGCUUGCACAAGGAAAGCCGGAUCCAUGCCCACUCCACACAGCUUGGCUCAAGGAGAUUAAGGUCAUAUAAAGAACUUUUAUGUACAGAAGAUGUGUGGUUUCGAGUCAUGUUGAUGUUAUCCAUAUAGAGAAAAUCGCAUAAUCUGAUAAACUACGUUAGGUGCCUGUUUGAUUUGAGUUUAGUUAGCCUGUUAUAUUAGUAAUUUACAUGUCACCUGUGUCACAAUAAACCUUUCUAUGUGAAAAAUUGAGUGCUCAA